CGUGACGUCAGACACAUCCAAAUAGAAAGGAGAUCAACAAAUCCCGGCGUUAUUCGGUAAAAUUGUUUUUAUUUUGCUAUGUAGAUGGCAUUCUUCUAAAUUUACAAUGAUAUAUAGUUAGAACGUGUUCAGUUUAUGACAUGGGAGUGUCAAAUUAUGGCAACAUGAAUGUUGGUAGAUAUCAAGUUGAGACAUAAUCCUUGGAAAUGUCAUGAAAAUGAAUUUUGAACUGGAAAUAGUACAUCAAAAGGCGAAAGAUCCUACCUUGUAUGUCGUCUGGUCACCUGAGUGUAAUUAUCCAAGUUGUUUGCUUAAUUUAUCAAAUGUGGAAAUGUGAUCAAAAUAGUGAAUAUAGUCUGAUUAUGGUUAUAGGAAGGUGCAAGUUCAAGAUUUACAAUUCUCAAAUGGAGUGCAGCUAGGGGAGCAGAGUCUCUCUUCUUCUGUUACUCUGAACAAGUGGAUGACCAUAGUAUAUAAUAUGUUUAACGGUGUGACCGUGUUUGAGGGCGAAGCAAAAAAAAUUUGGCAUUAGUAUCUAUAUCCAAAUCUGGACAAAAACAACCCGAAGUUAGCACGCGGACGGAGCUGUAUCAAAGCAUCCUAAUUUUAGACAUUUGAUCCGCCUAUAUAUUGAACGCGGGAAAUAUAACACAAAUUAAUGUAAACAGUACAUUGUGACGUCAUAUUCAGCGUCGUUAUUUAGCAAAUUUACAAACAUAGCGUUUGAACCACAACAAAAAACAUGGCGUAAAUCGUGGAGUGAUUAUAUGUGAUUAAAGAAAAUAAGAUUCACAGGCUUUUACGGAUUUUAUGUGUAACAUCUCAGAACGACGUGAACUAGGGUAGACGAGAUUCAAAAUGGAGAAACCAUUGGUACCAAACUUUUCAAGUUCCAUAGGAAAUAAACUAAAAGGUUGUGAUUGAAAGUGAUGUGAAAUUGUAUGCAGACUAAAAUUCAUCAACAUCAAACCUUUAUGCUACUCGCUGAUGUGCAGAUACAUUAAAUUCUGACUAGAUGGAUAUUAGGAAGAGCUACUAGAAUCAUGAGUGAGACAGCCUCCAAGACUUACCACACAGUGGAGGUUGGGGAUUCCACAUUUGACAUUUUAGAACGAUACAGUAAUCUCAAACCUAUAGGAUCUGGUGCUCAGGGAAUUGUUUGUGCUGCCUAUGAUUCAGUGACCGGCCAGAAUGUGGCCAUCAAAAAACUCAGCCGUCCUUUUCAAAAUGUCACUCAUGCUAAACGAGCAUAUAGGGAAUUUGUAUUAAUGAAGUUAGUCAACCAUAAAAAUAUUAUAGGGUUAUUAAAUGCAUUCACACCACAGAAGUCUAUGGAAGAGUUUCAAGAUGUAUACCUAGUAAUGGAAUUAAUGGAUGCUAAUUUGUGCCAAGUCAUCAACAUGGAUUUAGAUCAUGAGAGGAUGUCUUAUUUGUUGUAUCAAAUGUUGUGUGGAAUUAAGCAUCUGCAUUCAGCAGGAAUCAUUCAUAGGGAUCUAAAGCCAAGCAAUAUUGUUGUCAAGUCCGACUGUACAUUGAAAAUUCUUGACUUUGGCUUGGCCCGAACACAAGGCACAGGUUUCAUGAUGACACCUUAUGUAGUAACAAGAUACUACAGGGCUCCAGAGGUCAUCUUAGGAAUGGGAUAUACAGACAAUGUGGACAUUUGGAGUGUGGGUUGUAUCAUGGCAGAACUUAUCAGAGGGGCAGUCAUGUUUCCUGGUAGUGAUCAUAUUGAUCAAUGGAAUAAGAUAAUAGAACAACUAGGAACUCCUUCCAGAGAAUUCAUGCAAAGGCUGCAACCAACAGUGCGUAAUUAUGUGGAGAAUCGCCCCCGUUAUGCUGGAUAUAGCUUUGAGAGACUAUUCCCUGAUGUCAUUUUCCCCCAGGACAGUCAGGAACAUGCUGGUCUGAGAGCCAGUAUGGCUCGUGAUUUGUUGUCAAAAAUGUUAGUGAUAGAUCCUGAAAAGAGAAUAACCACCACCGAGGCACUGCAACAUCCCUACAUUAAUGUUUGGUAUGACGAGCAGGAGGUCAAUGGCGUAAGUUCAAUAAUACAGCCAGCACCUGCACCAUAUGAUCACACUGUGGAUGAACAAGAACACACAGUGGAACAAUGGAAAGAGUUAAUCUAUAAUGAAGUAAUGUCCUAUGAAAACCAAGGUCAAAACCCAGGAAAACAGCCAGCACAGCCUAUGCAAAAUCACUCAGAGAUGAGUAUGGAUCUACAAAAAACAGUGGGAGCAGUAAACAGCAAGAGUGAUGUGCCCAUGGCUGAUGGAACUAGUCAGAAAUAAUGUGUUUAGUGCUUGUAAUUUAUUGGAGCUGGGAGAGUGAAGUCCUUUGCCACUGAGAGCUCUGCGUUUUAACUGUGAUUAGGGUUGAUUAACCUCCUAGAUGCUGAAUGCUUCAUUUUGAAUAUUUUAAUUGGCCAUGUGGAACUUUUUAAGUUGUAAUAUUUUGUCCAAUGUGCAUGUUUUAAUUUUGAAUUUAUUGGGUCAUUUUUGUUGCUCAUGAAGAAUGUCAAGUCUUACAAAAUUGUGUUGAUAUACAUGUAUUAACAAUGCUUCUUCAACAUUCUGUGGUAAAUAUUUAUCAAGAUAAAAGAUACUUCUUUCCAAAUGAUUUGAAUUUUUAUGAAUCUCAAAUCAAAUAGUGAUGUAUUUUAUUGUAUAAUGAUUGUAGACUGACUUGUAAAAUUUGUCAUUUGUUCGUGGUAAAAUUUAUUUUAAAAGAAUACUUUCUACAAAAUGUGUGUUUAUGAGAUGUAAGUGUUAAAUAUUUGUGCAUUUUAUGUGUACAUUACAAGAGUUACAUGUAUGGAACUGUUGGUAUAAUAUCAAGUGUGACAGAGGUUGUCAAUAAUUUGUGUGCAAUACUAAUUAUUAUGUUACAGUGUUUGUUCACCAAUAGAACGUAUGGCAUUGUAGUUACCAUUAUUUAUAGUACAUGUAAAAUAGUGGAAAACCAUGUGAUAUGGUUGCUCCAUAUGAUGGUAAAUUUGAGUGAAUCUCUGGAAUUAACACAUUCCAUGUUGAUGUUUAAUGUAUUCUAAUCUGGAAAUCCUUUUCUCUUGUCUGCCAGUAGUCAUCGCCUGUAAAACUGUGUGAACAGGAAAGAAUGUGUAAAGAACUACUACCUGCAAGUGUUCUGUUGAAUAGUGCAUUAUUCAGUCUUGACAUUUUGUGUACUGACAUUGUGUUUACUCACUGGUCUUCCAGCCUUUACUAGUACUAGUAAUUAGAACCACAGAGUGUGUAAUUUUAAGUUUCACCAUACAACUGUGCACUGUUCCUGUUGUGUUUGUAUGAAUGCAUUCUGACAUCGAUGUGGACAUUUUGCAUGUAAAAAUUUCAAGUAUAUCAAUAUAAAGGAAAUAUUUUUGUGUCAGCAAUACACAUAAUCAGGAAAGCAUUUUGAAUUAUCUCAAUGGUUUAUAUGGAGAGAUAUUGGUUUUAUUACAUUCUGGUUAUUAAUAUAUUGAACACCAAGAAUGGUGAGUUUGAUAUGAAAUAUUGAAAGUUUACAGCUUUACUCCGAUUUUUAACUCACCUGAGCUUUUGUCUGUUGUCUUUGUAGUAUAUUUUCACAUCUUUGAUUUCUUUUAUUGAACUACUUGGCCAAUUUCAUUAAACUUGGUACAAGGUAGCUUUAGGUAAAAGGGAUUCAAAUGAAGGGCUAUGGUCUUAUCCAGGGGGAGAUGAUUGAGGAUAAAAAGGUGGAAUGUUUUAAAACUUUAAAGACCCACAGGACCAGAACAUCCAAAAUUUGCAUAGAAGCUGUCUUAUACAUGUAUAAUGCAGGUUCAAGUUUGUUUAUAGCAACUACCUAGCAUUAGGGUGGGGUCACAAUUGGGAUUUUAAAGUUUUACAUAGGAACAUAAAGGAAAAUUCUUUAAAAUUUUAAUCUUCUCAAAAAACCAGAAGUGUGUAACAUAUCGGAUUAAUAUACAAGCAUCCUCGUACAGUGUAGAUUCAAAUUUGUUUACAUCACUUUGCAGGGCCACAAUAGGGCUGUAAAUUUGACAGCUAUAUAAGAGUAUGUAGAAAAUUCUGUAACCCCAGGUUCAUUUUUGGAGUCAGCUUUGUUAACCCAUACUUGAUGACACCACCUCCACUGAGCCUAAUUGGUUGGCUUUUAGUCCUAGCUUUUCCCACGAGUAUUCUGAAAAUGCUAUACAAAUCUUCUUCAGAACAAGGGUAAAAUGUCUCGAGUUCAUAUGCAAACAUCCUCAUGUUCAGAUUCAGGUUUGUUUAAAAUAUUGACCCUUGGAAGUCACAGAAGAGGUUGAAUGUUCUACCAGUCAAUAGAAUUGUACAUAAUGAAAUUUCUAGACAUCAUCUUCCCAAUAGACACAGAGGUAAAUAUGUCAAAUUGAUAGGAAAGCAUCCUCUUGUAGUGUAGAUUAAAAUUUGUUCAUACCACCUUGGGGGCAAAAUUAGGGUUUAAAGUUCCACUUUGGAAUAUAUAGGGGGGAAACUGAAAACAUGUUGAGAGCAACAAUUGUACAUUGAGUCUGAUAAAAAUGUAGAUUUGUAAGAAAUUAUGACCCCAUGAUGGGGCCCACAAAAAGGAAUUGGAAGUUUGUAAAUAGAAAUACAUGUAUUUCGAAAAAUUGGUUUUUUUCAAAAACAACAUGGGUGAAAUGUAUCAAAUUAGUAUGAAAUUAUCCUCUUGUAGUUGUUUUAUAACCCUUAUGGCCAGAGACACAAUAAUGAUUUCAAAUUAUACGUUAAAACAUACAGGUAUUUUUAAAAAAAAAAAAAUCUUCCAAGAAGGAGGGUACAGUUUAUCAGUGUCAUAUGCAGGUUUCUUCGUGCAGUAUAAAUUCAAGUCAAAACUAUAUCCACUGAGCUUUUGGCAGGACUACAACGGGGAUUUAAUGUUUUUGUAUCUAGAUUUGUUUUUAAACCUUCUUUCCGAGAACCUCAAGGAUACAGCUAUUUGAUAAGGAAGUAUCCUCAUGUAGUGUAGUUUCAGUUUCUUUCAUUCCAGGUCCACAAUACCAGUUUUAAGUCUUGAUAUUCUAAAUUCAGAAACUCGCAAGUCGUUAUCUUUGUAAGAACAACAACUCAGGUGAGCAGUGUGACCCAUGUCCUUUUGUUUUAUUGUAAUGCUUUAAUUAUAUGCAUUUGAUAAUUUGUGAACCAAGACAUGUUUUACCUAUCUGGCUUCUAUCAAUGAUUGUUUUUUUGAUUUGCUAUGACAUUACAGAGCUCUUGUUCAGCAGCUGACUGACCUCAGAUUUGUGAUGUUCUUGUUACUAUAGGCUGCCUUUGUAUCCUGCGUAGUUCUUCAACUGAUAUAUUGUCAAUCAUGUCCAUUGUGUGUCUUCAAUGCUGGCAUGGAAAAAUUAAAAAAGGGGUGUAAUUUCAUUUAGUUUUGUCUCUAUAUGAAGAUCACGCCAAUGCCAUUUUAAAGUUUAAUGGCAAUAUUGCCAGAGAAGUGUUGCAAAGUUGAUAUGACUCAAUAAAGUGAUUAAAAACUUC